AUGAAGUUUCCAAUAGAAAGCUACUUACAGAAAAAAUCAGACCCAGACUAUGGCUAUCCUCCCUCAAAAGUAACAUUUAUUCAGUCUCUAAAACAGCUCUCUGAGCAAGCUUUAAAAAAAACUUACCAAAUUCCCAGACAAAGGAAGAAAUCUUUAAAUAAAGUCAAACUUUGUCCUCAAGCACCUGGCUGUAUCUCAAUGUUCCCAAGCGACUCUUUAGCUCCUAUAAAGCUUACAAUUAACGGAAAUCCUGACUCCCCCCCCCCUCCGUGAGCGAACAAAACCAUUAGAAAAAUCGCCAUUUUUUGACCAAAAACCCACCCUCCGUGAGUGAACAAAAAUUUUUUUAAUAGAAAAAAUUUUAAUGGAAAAAAAUUUUGAUAUAUAAGUGAUAAUUAGUAUAAUGAAAUCUAGAGCUAAUUCUGUUUAAUUUUAAACAAAUUGCGUUUAAAACAUAAAUUUUGCAAAUUAAAUUAAUAUUUGCUUCCCAAUUUUUGCAAAUUAGGAUUUUUUUAAAUUUCGAAAAAAAUAUUUUUUAAAAAAAAUUAACCCCUCCGUGAGCGAACAAAAUUUUUUUUUGUUCGCUCACGGAGGGGGGGGGGGAGUGAGUUUUUCUUAUGGCAUACCUCAAAUACUGACUUAAACAGCGAAUUUAUUUUUUCCUUGCAAUUACUCAAUGAUCUUGGGGUAAAUCUGCCACGUCCUCAACUAUUAGAUUUUGCUUCUAAAUGUGCUAUGAGUAUCAGAGAACAAGUACAGCAAUACAGAGACUCAAUGGGCGGAAAACACUGUGUGCAAGGCUUGCCUGGGGAACACUUAGUUCCUCUUCAAUUCGCAGGACAAGGAUUUCAAUGGGAUAUCGCUUGCCCAGAAAAUAGCCCUGAAUUUUUCGCCAAAAUUUUAUGCCAAGAUAUGGAAUUACCUGCAAACGACUGCCCCAGUAUUUCCUUUAAAUUAAGAAGUGCUUUAAAAGCUCACAAAAUGAGACUAGCUAAAGCCUUUAACGAUGAAAUUGCCAGAAUCCCAGACAUAAAAAUGCAUGUAGACGAAGCUCCAAGCUUAGACCAGCUGGAAAUAGAAAAUUCCAUUCAAGAAAGUUUGCCACCUCCACACAGAAAUUUAGGGGAAAAUACAUCUAACUUUUUGGCAUUAUUUGAAUUUUAUAAAAAUAUUCAAGAAAAUUAUAUGGAAAAUUUUGAUAAAAUUUUCGAAUGCUAUUUAGAAUUUUUCCAAUACCAAAAACUAAAAUUUAUCGAAAUAAUUAAAAAUUGUUAUUAGAGUAAGUAA